AUGGAGUACAAUAUAAAUUAUGAACUGGAUGGUGGUGACAAACUCAUAAAUUUAUGCUUAUGGGCAAACUUACACAGAGCCUUCAGAAAAAGAGGUUUAGAAAUACUCCAUUUCAAAUUUCACCUUCCUUCUGAAGUUGUAGAAGAGGAUUGUGCUAUUAGAUUAUUGUUUUUGGAUUUUAAUCACAUUUCUCUUGAAAAACAAGCUCUACGUAAAGAACCAAAUAAUGUUACAUCGAAAACUGAAGCAGAUGGGUCUCAGUUCAUCGAUCAAAAAGAAUAUUUUUUAUCAGGAGGAAUUCUUCAUUUUGAUCUGUUGGCCAUUCCAAAGCUUACCGUACGCCAAAAAGGCAUCACUUACAUUUAUAGAGAACAACCUGUUUUAAAAAGAAUUCCUUACAAACAAGCCGUGCAGCUUAGACCGUUUCUCUCACUUGACAAAAAAAGCACAAUUCAAGGAAUUCAAGAGCCAAUUCUUGAAGAAGGAGAAGAAAUCAAAAAAUUUGAAGAAGAUGAGGAAAAAGUUCCAUUUACUUCCCAAGAAGAACUUGAGCAAUUGGAAAAAGAUGAGGUGAAAGUACCAUCCAGCUCUACAGAAGAAACUGAUGCAUUAGAAGGUGUGGAAAAAGUGCAAUCUAAUUCUGGAGAAGCGAUAUUGCCAAAUAAAGCGAUAUUUUGGGAAACUCCAAAGCCAUCUCGUCUUUGUCCUGAAAACAACAGAUUUGCUUCAGAAGGAAUAUAUGAUGUAGAAUAUAAUCCUGAAAAUAAAGAAGUCUCUUUUAAAACGAGCCAGUUUGGUACAUUUGGAUUUUUUCAAAGAAGGCACUUAAAUCUUUCUUACAAGACUUGGUAUUUCAGUGCAGGUGAUAUUCCAGAAUUGUCUUUAAAAGGCCAAUAUUAUUCAAUAAAAAUCCGAAUUUCAUCACAGGGUUGCCAACUUUUAUCUCUGAAUCCGAACAACGAUUAUAUUCCGUCCAAACUAUUCAAUGAAUGGCUGUGCGUGGAAAAAUUCAUUCAGGAGCUUCAGGAGAUAGGGAUUAAUAUUCAUGUAGAUGAUGUGAAUUCCUACUCUCAAUCUUUUCUUAAGAAUCGAGAACUGGAAUCCAACAUUUAUGACUGCAUUGCUUUGCUGUCAAAUAUUUGUGACUUUGGUUCCAUCGAACAGAAUCAAACAGUAUCCGAAGAAGAAUUCAUUUUAAAAUAUCGAUUAUCUAAUUUACCAAAGUUUGCAGGUAAUCUCUUCUUUCUUAUUUCGGAAGAAAGUGAUGAAAAAAUUGUCAGACUGUAA